UCAACUCCACCUAUUAUAUCUCCGGUAGAAUAUCCAAUCAAAGAAUACUUUUACUACUAUUUUACAAUACACAUUAUUAGAAACUUCUAAUUGUAUAGAGGUGCGUGAAACUUGUCAUAUUCAUUGAAUAUUUGAAAAUGGACAAGUGGAUUGGAAAAGUUGCUGUAGUCACUGGUGCUUCUUUUGGAAUUGGAGAAGCAAUAUGUAGGCAAUUAGUUCAAAAUGGAAUGAUUGUUGUUGGAUUUGCUAGAAAAGAAUAUAGAUUACAGGAAUUAAGAGAAGAAUUAAAAGGUAAUUUUCAUUACGUAAAAGUUGACUUAUGUUCGGAAAAAAAUAUUUUGGAUGCUUUUGGGUGGGUAAAAAAUACAUUCAAAACUAUAGAUGUUUUAAUUAACAACGCUGGAGUCUUGAAGUUAACUGAUGUAUUAGGAGACACAAAUGAUUGGAAACUUAUGUUUGAUACUAACGUCUUAGGUCUACACAUUUGCUGCAGAGAAGCUGUUAAAAUGAUAAAGGAGAAGAAAACUAAAGAAGGUCACAUAAUAAACGUCAAUAGUAUAACUGGUCAUUACGUAAUGUCUGGAAUGAAAGAUUUUUCAGUUUACGGUUCUACUAAGUUUAGCGUCACUGCACUUACAGAAUACUUAAGAGAGUAUAUGAGCAUGGAAAAGUUACCAAUCAGAGUUACGAGUAUCAGCCCGGGAUUUGUUGAUACUAAUAUGACCGCAAAAUUCAACUUAGACAAAGUUGAAGAUAAUGCAACAUUGCAAACGAUUGAUAUUGCUGACGCCGUAUUAUACGCAUUAAGUGCACCUAAACGUGUUAACGUUGCUGAAAUCAUUUUAAGACCUUCAAUUGACACUAUGGCACAUAUUGUCAAUUGUUCAUAGAAUAUAAUAUCGUCUUUCAUAGUAUGUGGUUAGUAUGUGGUUGGUUUCAACACGGAGAAAAAUUAUUGCAUCAGAUAUUUACCCAAUUAUCUCACGGAAUAUAAUAUGUUAUUACUUAUUAAGAUUUAAAAAAAAUAAAUGCUUCAUACAUUGA